AUGGAUCUCAAUCGUGCACCGCUAUUGCGUCUGCUAGCUGCACCAACGUGCGAAGGGGACUGGAUUGUAUUGCAAUUGAUGCACCAUAUAAUUGGUGACUACGUUACUAUACAGAAACUAAAUGCAGAAGUGCGUAUGAUUAAUGAAGGACAGAGUGAACAGUUGGCAACACCCACACCAUUUCGGUAUGUAGUAGCCCAGGCUCGUCUGGGUGUCAGUCAAUCUGAACAUACUCACUUCUUCAGUGAAAUGCUUAGCGAUGUUGAUACACCAACCCUACCGUUUGGUUUGACCGACGUUCAUGACGAUGGAAUUGAGAUCGAUCAUGGGCAAUUGAAGCUGCCACAGGAACUCAAUAAUCAAUUGCGAGCCUUUGUACGUCAUUUCCAUGUCAAUCUAGCCAGUCUUUGUCAUUUGGCCUGGGCACAGGUACUUGCUCGUGCUAGCGGAAAUGAAACAGUGGUAUUCGGUACUGUACUACUUGGUCGACUGCAAUCUGGAGAAGGAAACGAGAGUGUUAUGGGUAUGAUGAUCAAUACGUUACCUUUGCGGCUGGAUAUCGAUGAUACUACAGUCGAAAAUGCUGUACGCAACGCUCAUUCGCGUUUGAGUGCUUUACUGUCUCACGAAUAUGCAUCACUGGCGUUGGCGCAACGCUGUAGUGGAGUGCCAUCUUCUUUACCUCUUUUCAACUCAUUGCUGAACUAUCGCCAUAAAUCGCAGACAGAGCGUGGCAUAGAACCACUCGCUGGAGUGAAUAUUCUCAGUAGUAAAGCGCGAACAAAUUACCCAAUAACUUUGUCGUUGGACGACGAUAAUAACAAUCUGAGUCUCACAGCUCAUGUGGUAUCGCCGCUUUCAGCAGCGAGGAUUUGUGGUUAUAUGCAACAAGCUCUCGUCUCGCUUGUUGAUGCUUUCAUAAAUACACCACAGCAACCUGUACGAACAUUGACAGUGAUGCCGCCGGAAGAACGAGAGAUGCUAUUAUAUAGUUGGAAUCGAACGACUGUUAAUUAUCCACCUAUUUGUUGUCUUCAUCAAUUAUUUGAGGCACAGGUGGAGUGUAGCGGACGGGCUAUAGCAGUGGAAUUUGAAGGAGAAACUUUGAGUUAUGCGGAACUCAAUGCACAAGCUAACCGAUUAGCCAAUCAUUUGAUCACGCGAGGAGUUAAGCCAGAUGAUCUCAUCGCUAUUUGUGUUGAACGCAGCACAAAACUGGUCGUAGCUAUAUUAGGUAUUUUGAAAGCCGGUGCCGCUUAUGUACCACUCGACCCGAUCUACUCCAGUCAACGGUUACAAAACAUUUUGGUGGAUGCGGAUCCAUUGUAUUUGUUGGCAGAUGCCAGUGGUCAAGAGGCACUUGGAGAUCAUGAUGUACCA